CAGCUUAAUGACGUACGCGCCAUCUAUAGAAGAUAACGGGAAGUACUUUAGUUGUAAAGCCGAAAAUCCUCUGAUACAAGGAAGUACAAUUGAGACCGGAUGGUCACUUACGGUAAAUUAUCCCCCUCAGUUAGUUCUGCGACAAGAUAAUCUAGAUGUACAAGAAGGAGAAUACGUUAAAUUUGAAUGUAACGUUCGAGCCAAUCCCCCAAUAACGAAGAUUAGUUGGGAAUUCGGAAGACAAGAACUCAACUUGAGCCCAGCAGCAGCUGUAGCUACAAUAAAUAACCGAACACUCAUUUUGAAGAAAGUCAAUAGAUCCAAUAGAGGGCGUUACAGAUGUUCCGCUAGUAACCCUGAAGGACUUGGUGUUAGCAAUGAGAUAUUCUUGAAGGUUAAGUAUGCUCCCACGUGCCAGCCCCAGAGAAGAUCCUAUGGAGUAUCCAUUGGUGAAACUGUUCAAGUGAAAUGUGCAUUAGACGCUGACCCACCAGACAUCACUUUUCACUGGCGUUUAAUCACUCCCACCAGCCAGGUUGAUGAUAUAGUAUACACAAGGGACCAAUUAGAAAGUACAGCCACGUACACCCUGAAGACGAGGGACGACUACGGAACAUUGGAGUGCUGGGGAACCAAUAAGAUAGGUGUUCAGAAAGAGCGUUGUGCUUUUAGUAUCGUUCUAGCCGGACCACCAGAUUAUGUGAAUAAUUGCUCUGUGUUGAAUCAGACGGAGCACACUAUCUUCAUCCACUGUUUUAAGGGGUACGAUGGUGGUAUUCCUCAACAUUUUACUAUAGAAGCUUACAGUUUGGACAGUGGAAAACUUUUGGCUAACAUUAGUUUAUCAACCAAACCUGAGUUUUCUGUCACAGACCUUCCAGCGGAUAUGGCUAUACGCUUUCUAGUGACAACCUCCAACGCUAGGGGUCGAAGUUCUCCAGUUGUGCUGACAGCUCACACUCUCCGAUCACCAGAGAAACUAACUGUACGAGAGGAUGACGACAACACUGCUGUGAUUACUCCAAUGGUACUGGUUGUAAUUGUUGUGGCUACUAUAUUGAUGGCAGUGACAGUAGGCGUUAUAAUCAUCAUAAAAAUGAGAAGAAAAAGAGGCAUGCAAGCUGCCCAUCAACAAGAAAAAAAUGACGAAAUAUCUGAUAUAGCCUACAACAAAAGUACGGACAUUGCCUCAGAACAAAAUGAUAUGGGACCAGACAUCAUUCCAGAUAAACUGAUAGCCAGAGUGUUCUGUGAAGGUAUUCUUGUUACCGAAGAACAGUGCUUACAGCUUGCAAUUUCCCCCGAAAAAGCAUAUAGUGAAAUAUCUAGCCAAGCUGGAGUGACAUCUGAUGAUAGAACAGUCAGCGACAGAGGCCAUGUAAAUGAAUUUGUCCAACCUAAUUUAAAUUCACAAUUUAUAAAGCCAGAUGAAUCGACAGACCUCCAGUCAUCUUUAUAUAUUACCAGGCAGCUCUAUCAGGCUCCACUUGAAAUUACGAGAAAAGGGCCUGAUCAGCCUGGACCUUCUCGGGAAAUUGUAUUAUCUAACAACAGGCAAGAGAGUAGAGUUUAAGCCAACAACAGUGACGUAGGAGAGAGUUGUUUAAUGCCCAAGGACUGAGUAUAAAAGUCAUACUGGAGAAUUACAUAAAGAAAGAAAAAUUUAAAUUGUGCCUCCAUGCAGAUGGAUUGUGGGAGUUUCGAGCUGCAGCCUGGACCUGGU